GUCGCGAGUUGAUGACGUACACGGAAGUGUCUCGCUGGAAAGCGAAAAGCUACUUUCCCUCCCUUCCUGUUUCGUUUUACCUUAUGUUCGUUUUUGGAGCACACAAAGUGUUGAAAUUCGGCGUUCGACGAUGAAAGCCACCCGCGUAUGUUUGUGGCUGCACGCUUUCUCCACCGUCGUUGUCCUGGUCGGCGCCUUUGACCCCAUUACGACUUCAGUGGUGAUCGGCAUUGGCGCCGCGUUGAGUCGAUCCAUUUAUAACUAUUUACACGAAAGCUGCGACCAAAAAUGGGUCGCCUUCAACUCCACAGGUCUGGAGGAGGACCUCGGCAACAAGCUGUUCGGGCAGCACUUGGCGUCGCACAUCAUCGCCAAGGCGGUGAGCGGCUUCAUGAACAACGCCAACCCCAAGAAGCCGCUGGUGCUGUCCCUGCACGGCUGGACCGGCACGGGCAAGAACUUUGCCAGCGUGCUCAUCGCGGAGAACAUCUACAAGAAGGGCAUGGACAGCAAUUUUGUCCACGUCUUCACCGCCGAGCUCCACUUUCCGCACGCCGGACAGAUGGACACCUACAAGACUCAACUGCAGCAGUGGAUCAAAGGCAACGUGAGCGCCUGCGCUCACUCCAUGUUCAUCUUUGACGAAAUGGACAAGAUGCACCCGGGCCUGAUUGACAGCAUCAAGCCCUACCUGGACUACUACGACAAGGUGGACGGCGUCUCCUACCGAAAAGCCAUCUUUAUCUUUCUCAGCAACGCCGGCGGCGAGAGCAUCGUGCAGACGGCCUUAGAUUUCUGGAACGCGGGCAGAAGUCGAGAGGAGAUCGAGCUCAAGGACGUGGAGACGUCGCUCGCUCUGUCCGUCUUCAACAACAAGAGAAGCGGCCUGUGGCACACGAGCCUGAUCGACAAGAACCUGGUGGACUUCUUUGUUCCCUUCCUGCCUCUGGAGUACAAGCACGUGGUUCAGUGCGCCAAGGCCGCCAUGAGCGCUCAAGGCCUGGAGCCCGACGCCGUCGUGGCCGACAAGGUGGCGCGAGAACUGCUUUACUUCCCCAAAUCCGAACGAGUCUUCUCCGUCAAGGGCUGCAAGACCAUCGACAGCAAGUGGGAGUACUACGCAUAGCGGCGGGACGGACGGCGCGUUUUUUAACAUAACUGCAAACACUGAACAAAAACUGAAGUGCUGUCGGCCACACUGAACUUUAAAAAUAAGUUUUUUCCUUUCAUUUGAAAAGGGAAUCUUGUUUUUUUUUCCAUUACCAUGUGAUUUUUUUAAAACAUGCUUUCUUUUAGCAACACAUGCCUUAAUUUGUCAUAAUUAGCAUAUUUCCAAUUAACAAAUGGACACAAGUUAAUUAUGUACCUACUGCCAUCUAGUGGAAGAGCACUUAAUUGUUCUGGCUGGCACCCUCAGGACAGUCAUGCUAACCACUAGGACUCUGUACCGCCCAUGUCAUCAACACUAAUUGUUGCUCGAGAUGUUUCUUAAAUCUCAAUCCCAGAGUUGGUUUUCUGUACUUUGGUGCUGCUGUUUUGGUUAGCUACGAAGUGCAAAUGACAUCGUGACCAUCAUACAAUAUAAACCACGAGAUGUUCCUCUUAA